CUGUUAGUGGGGGACCAGACUAUAUCUUGAUCCCAAAAAUCUUUGGUCAGCAGUCCAUCGAGAUCAUCAUCAAGUCAUCUCAAACAUGGAUGGGAAAAUAGUUUUUUUCAUCUUGACCAUUUUUGCAAGUGUCAUCUCUAGUGAAGAUUGCCAAAAAUGUUAUCUUAGACUUUACCAUCAACAUGAUCAUGGUCAUCACGGUCAUCACGGUCAUCACAGUCAUCACCAUCAUCACGGUCAUAACUCAAAUAUUCGUUACAAAGACUUGAAACGUCUUCUUAAAAAUUUAAAUCCUUAUCGUUAUGAUAGAUCACAAUCACCAAAUGUAAUAGUGAGUACACCAGUUCUUCCAUUUGCAUACCCAGGAUAUCCACCUACACAAGGAGGGGGUAUUCCUAAUGGUUAUGGACCAGGAAAUAAUCCUUAUGGGCUGGGAUAUAAUCCAUAUGUACCAGGAAAUAAUCCUUAUGGGCUGGGAAAUAAUCCAUAUGGGCUGGGAAAUAAUCCAUAUGGACUAGGAAUUAAUCCUUAUGGGCUGGGAAAUAAUCCAUAUGGACUAGGAAUUAAUCCUUAUGGGCUGGGAAGUAAUCCAUAUGGACUAGGAAUUAAUCCUUAUGGGCUGGGAAGUAAUCCAUAUGGACUAGGAAUUAAUCCUUAUAGACCAGGUGACAAUUCUGGUGGACAAGGAGUAAUAUGUAUUUCAUCAAAACAAAUGCCGAGUGUACCGGUUUUUCGGUUUAGCCCAGGUUCGAACCCUGGGAAUAAUAAAUAUGGAUCGUUACUAGACGAUUAUGAUAAUUCUGAUCCUGAAGCUGUAAAUCCAUCAAGUCGUAACCCGUUAUUAAAUUAUCCAGCUAUUCCGUUAAUUGGUCGUCGAAGAGGUCCUAAUGCUUGGCCCAAUUAUCUAGGAAACCGUUAUCCAGGUCUUAGUAGUCCAGAAUCCGGUUAUCCAAGACGCGGUUCUCCAGGUGGUUUUCCAUGGGAUAAUUUACCAAGUGCCGGUUCUCCAUGGGACAAUUUACCAACUUCCGGUUAUCCAGGUGGUUCUCCAUGGGAUAAUUUACCAAGUUCCGGUUAUCCAGGAUCUGGUUAUCCAGGCAGUUCUCCAUGGGAUAAUUUACCAACUUCCAGUUAUCCAGGACCUGGUUCUCCAGGUGGUUCUCCAUGGUAUAAUUUACCAAGUUCCGGUUAUCCAGGUGGUUCUCCAUGGGACAAUAUACCAUCUGCCGGUUAUCCAGGACCUGGUUCUCCAGGGGAUAAUUUACCAAGUUCCGGUUAUCCAGGACCUGGUUCUCCAUGGGAUAAUUUACCAAGUUCCGGUUAUCCAGGUGGUUCUCCAUGGGACAAUAUACCAUCUGCCGGUUAUCCAGGACCUGGUUCUCCAGGUGGUUCUCCAUGGGACAAUUUACCAACUUCCGGUUAUCCAGGUGGUUCUCCAUGGGACAAUAUACCAUCUGCCGGUUAUCCAGGACCUGGUUCUCCAGGGGAUAAUUUACCAAGUUUCGGUUAUCCAGGACCUGGUUCUCCAUGGGACAAUUUACCAACUUCCGGUUAUCCAGGAGCCGGUUCUCCAGGGGACAAUUUACCAUCUGCCGGUUAUCCAGGAGCCGGUUCUCCAUGGGAUAAUUUACCAAUUGCCGGUUAUCCAGGUGGUUCUCCAUCGGACAAUUUACCAAUUUCCGGUUAUCCAGGACCUGGUUCUCCAUGGGACAAUUUACCACUUUCCGGUUAUCCAGGACCUCGUUCUCCAUGGAACAAUUUACCAACUGUCGGUUAUCCAGAAUUUAAUGGUCCCAACUAUGGCGAUGGGUUGGAACCAUUAGAUCCAUCUGAUUGGAAUUAUCCAAAUGAUAUUGACAAUUUGGGUGAUUCAAAUUAUCCUUCAAGUGAAAUACCGAGUGGUUCAUUCAAGACUCCAAAGUUAUUAUGCACACCAAUAAAUAAUGAAAAUUCUCCUAACAACAGACCACCAUGGAGGCCUCUAGGACCAAGAAGACCAUUUCCUUUAGGUCCAAUGGGACCAAAUCCUUUAGGACCAAGAGGACCGAUGGGACCAAUGCCUUCAAGACCAAGAGGACCGAUGAGACCAAUAUCUUUAGGACCAAUUAGACCAAUUUCCUUAGGACCAAUGGGACCAAUGCCAUCAAGACCAAGAGGACCAAUGGGACCAUUGCCUUUAGGACCAAUGCCUUCACCUGUAGAUUGUUCUAAACCUAAUAUAAAAUGGUAUUACGUGGCACAAAAGAAACAGGGUUGCAAUUGAAAAAGGAAACAAAAAUAUAGACGGACAAUGAAAUUCAACAUGACAAUGAAUCUUGGAUAAAUAUAACGCAUAAAUAAUAUAGAUUUUAAUUUUUUUGUUGACUAAUUUAAAUUAUAUUAAUACGAAUAUUAAUAAGUAUUAUAAUUAAUUAAUCAUUAAUUAAUUAUAUAUUAAUUAGAAAUUAAUAUUAAUAUAUUUAAAUUUUCUAUUUCAUAAUAUAUCAUCAUUUAAAAUUUUUGAGAAUCAUAAUAUGCACUUUAAGAAUAAUUCUGAAUGCACAUACAUAAAAAAUUAUUUCGUAGAAAUCCUAUCGAUUCUUCGUAUUGUCGAAUUGCAUAAUAUGAAGAACGCAAAUCAUCUUUUUUUUCAUAACAUUUCAUAACAACAUUGUUUCAUUUAUAUUAGGGGAAUUAUAAUUGACAUUGAUCUGAAAUCGUUAUAUAUUAGGUUUCUGGGUCAAGAAUAAAUAUAUUUAAUUUAAUGAUGAA